CUUCUACAACAUAUUCCUAUAACUUCUUGAAAGAAUAAAAAAAUACGAACGAAGCGACCGCCAGUGAAACGAGAAAUAGCAAAAGCGACAAAAGGAACAAGAUAACCGCAUCGAGUUCACAAAAUACAUGGCAGUUCGUCAUAGGUAGCAAUUAACGGAGGGAUCGAUGGUAGAGUAUCCGGCCACGUAACGGGUGAAAUUCAUCCUUGGUCCAAGCUCGAUCACGCCGGCGGAUCGCGACCACGGAAGGACAAAAGCGGCCACGGCAGCAAGAUGGCGGUCCAUGGAUCGGUAGGCGCGUCCGUGAAUGCAGUUGGCCCGAGCUACGACCAAUCAGCGACGCGGUUAAACCACGUCCGUGCGGUUACGCGGCCACGCCAGCAGCCACGCCGCCGCGAGUCGGCGCGUCAGGGACGCGGCCCAGCAAUUGAAAUGCGGCUCGCCGCCGGCCGCCAGUUGCCCGUCGACUUGUGCCCCGUGCGGUACUCUUCACGUGCUCUUUUUUUCCUCCCGACUUCUUCUCGCCCCCUCUGGUUCCAUUGCUCGCGUUCGAAAACGCGCAUAUACGCGGCAUGGCAACGAAAAGGUAGAAGGGUUCCUGGAGAAGGGGAUCAAGUCGCGGUUCAGAAUUUUGUGGUUCCAGUUUCGGCCGGACAAGUGUGGUUUCCGUUUGGUGAUUUUGAUUUUCGGAACACAACGUGAUCAGGAUAUUGGAGAAUGGAAGUUGGAGAUGAAUAGAAAGAAGGUUUCGGGCGGAAGAAGAUUGUGAUUUGGAAUAACGGAUUGUGGUUUUUGAAACGGAAGAUUUGGAGGAAUUGUAGUAUAUUGUAAGAGAAGAAUAAUUUGGAUUGGACUUGAAGAGGCGUUUUUUUUUUUUGGAUACUGUUUGAGAUGCAGCUGAAGAUUUUUGAAUUUGGAGUGUCGUACUUGAAGAAUUACAUAAUUAUAUUGGAAUGAGAAAGACAGUGAAUUGUGAACAGCCUUUGUAGAUUUCCAAAGGCAAAAAAGUGAAGAGGACAUAAGAUCGUUAAGAAAUUGAAUUCUGUUUGAAGAAUGUCAAAUAUUAUAAAGAUCGUAUAGGGUACAAAGACAUCAAAUACUGUGAAGACAGUAACGUGUAUAAGUGACGUUUAAUGGAAAAUGUUCUGCAAAAUACAGUAUUAAGUCUGAUAAAAAAGUACUUGUAACUAGUAAGUUCAAUGUAUAAAGAAAUAUAGUUGUAUCAAUCUUAAAUACAAUAUCUCUUGUAACAGGAAUUAUCAUAUGUAUAUGUAGUAGUGCAAAGGAAAAAGCAUUUAUAUUAGAAAUAAGUAGUUUAGCAGUUACUAACACAUGCUGACGAUGGACUUAUCGAUGCACACACACAUUUUAAUAUACACAUGAUUAUAAAUACUUAUUACACACUACAAAAUAACGGUACCCCUUAUUAUUCAUAUAAUGCAAUUUUAAUACAAUUUUUUCACGGCGACGUUUCUUUAGAAUUCAUAAAUUCACUUUUAAUAGAGCAAUAAAUAUUCAUAUCGAAUUUCAUAAGCGCAGAAUCGCUACGACGCAAUUCAGUAUCGUUAAAACAUAACUCGACAAGUACGAUCAAGAAGAAAUAUAUUAUUCAUAGUAAAGUAUUUGAAAAUCCGGAAGAGAAUAUUUAAAAAAUAACGAAACAUUGUCAUCCUGCGUCUGAAGUGAAGUUUGAAGAAUCAUCAAACUCGUCGCACAAGAAGAAAAAAUACAAAAGCUGUAGAAUUAUGGAAGGACAGAUCGCGUGUUAAUUGUUACCGUAAGAUCUGAAAUCCGAAAACAAAAAUGGACUCUAACGUAGAGGAAACGGAAUUGGACGUCGGAUCAGCGAGCGACGAACUCGAAUCUUCGAUCGGAGAAUCGAAGUUACCGCGGCGACCAACGCCAAAACCCUUCACGAUCGAGAGUUUGAUCGGUAAUUGUGGUACACAGAAAGGAAGCUGCGAAGCAGGAACACAAGGAGAGAAGACGAAUGAAAAUGAAGAGGAUUCUGAUCGAGAUAGGGAAUAUCUUUAUCAGAGACACUACUUGGCGACCGCGGCUGCCAGCGCAUUACCUCCUGGUUUUGGAGUGCCACUCGGAUUGUACGGUGCAUGGCUACCAAUGCGGAUGUACGGCAGCGGCGGUACUUCCGGUGUUCCAAUGUUACCGGCGCAUACCUCUGCCAGUUAUCCGUCUCACCAGGAUCUCUAUCAGAAUCGGUUGUCGCAGCAUCUUGGUCCAGGAACGAAUCAUCUCCAGGGUGCGGCUUAUCCGACCGCUUGUCAGCGUGGCUUGAAUCAUCGUGGCUCGACCAGCUUCACAGAUAGCGAGGACGAUGGUAGUAUCGAUUCACCGGCAUCACCUGCUCACGAUCUUUCUAAAUCGAGACAUGGUUCAGAAAAUGGUCGCGCUUCAGCGGACAGCGAGGACGAGGGCGGAGGAUUGAGCGUCGCUGGUGAGGGUCACGACGCGACCGACACGAUGUCUAGCAACGCAUCCAGCAACGUGAGUCCGGGGGGAUCCUUAGAGAACGGUCAAAGCACGUCAACAAGCGGAUCCAGUAACAACAAAGCCAGACGCAGACGAACAGCCUUCACUUCUGAACAACUACUAGAACUCGAGCGAGAAUUUCACGCGAAGAAAUAUCUCAGUCUAACCGAAAGAUCGCAUAUCGCUCACGCUCUAAAAUUAUCAGAGGUCCAGGUGAAGAUCUGGUUCCAAAAUCGGAGAGCUAAAUGGAAAAGGGUGAAAGCAGGAUUGAGCGGUGGAGGGGUUGGGUCUAGUGCAAGUAACAUGGCCACUGCUGGUACAUCCAAUAGACAUAAUGGAGUUGCUGGACAACAUUCUGGAAAUGGUACCAGGAUCGUCGUACCCAUUCCAGUGCACGUUAGUCGAUUGGCAGUGAGAUCUCACCACCAUCAUUUGGAGAAAUGCGCCAGGCCGCCUAGAGUUAGGCCAACGACGGAUAGUCCUACGUCCAGCGCCUCGUCGUCGGUACUCGGAGACGCUCUUGGAUUGGUCAAUUCGUCCAUCAACUUGAGUGGACAAGUGCAAAGUCCUCUGAGCAGCGGAGUUGGAAUCGGAGUUGGUGUCGGACUAAGAGCGUUUACGGUACCCUCUCAUCGAGGAGGACUCAGCUCUUCCGGCAGGUAGUGAAAGCUACGAAGUGAACUGUGAACGCGGGACUAAUUGCAGAUUCGUGGUGAGAAUUGUAAUCUUUGAGUAUUUAUGAGCAAGUUUAGUGAUGAAAGAAGUGAGUUUUUGGAACAGAUGGAUGGUGUAGGUGGAUAUUUCAUAACGAUAGGUGAUAUUUGUGGAAUUGUAUGGUGGUCUGGUAUCAUUGUGUGAAGGUGAGUGGUGAGAAGUAAUGGGAAAUUUAAAAGUAAAACUGCCGAUGGUUUAUAAUUCGUUGUUCGAAUAACUUGUAUGUACCAUUCUUACAAAUGUGGUAUAUAAUAGUAGUUCCUUAACAGCAAGAUGCUAUUUAGCUACACUGUUUUAUCUUUAACAGUUUUCAAUUUCAGAUAUCUACUAAAUACGAGAUUCAAAAUCGAGAUGGGAAUUUGUAUUACAAAUUACGACUUAUAUUUUUACAUCUAAUCAUUUCUCUAGAUCAUCUUUCUCUCAUCACUCAAUUUCUGUAUUAUGAUCCAUCAAGUCAUCUCAAAAUCGUCUGAUUUUCUAUCAUAUCCAACGACAACAAUAAAUUGAUCAACUUGUAAAUAUAUAUACCUAUGUUAACAGGGAAGAAUUAUGUAAAUAGCUUUCGCACAGACUGUAUAUCCCGUAUACGGACCGUAGAUCGUAUUUGUAGAUAAUUUCUUUACGUUUAAGCAAACCUCUGCUCUAUCCUAGAAGCACUGUUACCACGAUAUCGAUAUUGAUCGAGCGUGCGAUUGCCGCAGCUGCAUCAGGGAUACGGAGCGGAAGAACAGCGAAAGUGUAUAUCAAGAAGGCAAUAAAACGUGCGAAUAUCAUGUGGAAUA